GAUUGACAUCACCAUAGCGAGACUUCUCGUCAAGCAAACACCACCCUUGGUCAGAUGGGACGACACACUGUAUUCAUAUAGCAGUCAGUGCUGUCUGCGGCCCCCGAGAGUUGCACCGCUCUCCCUUGCAGCACUUCUCCAGCGCUCGACACCGCGCAGUACAUAGCAAGCCUCGUCUCAUCGUGCCAGGCCGGGCGCAAAGAUCCCUGCAGAGAGCGCCAGCUUUGCCGCAAUACGUCGCCACUCAUUUUUAUCACGCAGGCAUACUCGCGCCCGAGGCCAUGUCGAUUGACCUCAACUGGGACACGCUGACGUCGGGGCCCGAGGGCGAGGCGCUGGCGGCAAGCAUCCGCGACUUUGUGCACACCAAGUUCCAGGCGGUGCCCCUGCCGCGCUUCAUAAAGUCGGUCGCGGUGCACGAGUUUGAGUUUGGCAAGGUCGCGCCCCAGGUCGUCCUCAAGGACAUCUGCGACCCGCUGCCGGAUUUCUACGAGGAGGACCCGGAUGUGGAUUACGGCGACGACGAGGACGACGACAACGCCGUGGCCUCUGCGGGGCAACAUGACAGUGAUGAUGCACAGGCUGAUGGGGGAUACAACGACUACGACGACGAGGACGGCGAGGACAAUCACAUGAGUGCCAGCAUAGAGACGCUGGGGGCGUCGAGUACGCGGACCGGGGAGAUGUCGAUGCCCCCAGCUACUCCGGUGAGGAGACCACCGCACCGCGAGAGGCAUGGAACGGAAGAGGUGCCGGACACGAUCAAAGCUGCUGAGAGACGGCGGCAUGCUGAGCUCGACAGGCGGCGAUAUGGCGCUGGUCGAGGCGGCGGGCAGCAUGGCGACAGCGACAAUCCGUACCGUCGGGCCCCAGAGCUGCGACGCUUCAACAGCGAGAAGAGCGAGUUCCCAUUUCCCUCGCACCUGCACCUCGCAGGUGCAGGCUUGCGGAGUGGCACGCCGGACCUGGGCACGCCCUUCCUGGGCCUGGGAGCCUCGACGCCGGGGAUCGCCGGAGGCAUGUCCAACAUGCACUAUUUCCAGUCCAAGUUAGGACCGGGCUGGUCCGGCACGCAGACGCCGCUCGCCGCCGUCGCGGGCGCGCAGCAUCUCGGAGGCUGGCUGGAUGCCGCGAACAACAAAGAUCACCAAAACGGGCCAGCUCAGGCGGACGCGAGGCGGCGAGCCGCGCUCGAGGGGAUAUCACCGGGAGCAGCAGCAGCAGCAGGGCCAUCAAGCAGAACAGGCUCGGCUGUCGCGGACGGGUAUUACGACGGCCAUCAUGUGCACGAGCAUCACCGGGUCCCGUCCCAGAGCUCGGUCUCGAGCAACGACUUCCCGACCCUGCUCGCACCACCGCUGCUGAGGGAGAAACAUAGCGUGUCAACCCUCGCCGCGACGUCGACAGGGAACCACUCGAGGCCGCCGACGAGAGACAAGCCCCUGGGGCCAAGCAUGCUGAGCAGCUCGUCCGCCCUGGCCAGUGAUCCGUCAGACUAUGCCAACAGCGCUGGCCGCGACAACGAGGAGCCGGAGGAGGAACCCACGCCCGGGCCGCCCCAACACGACGACGAGGAGCGCCGGUUCCGCGAGCCCAGGGUCGACGACAUGCAGGCCGUCUUCCGCAUCAAGUACUCUGGCGACGUCCGGCUGCGCCUCACGGCCGAGAUCCUGCUCGACUACCCGAUGCCCAGCUUCGUCGGGAUCCCACUCAAGCUCAACAUCACGGGCCUGACCUUUGACGGCGUCGGCGUGCUCGCCAACAUCAGGAAGCGGGUGCACUUUUGUUUCCUCAGCCCCGAGGACGCGCUCGCCGCGGUGGGCGAUGAUGACGGUGACGCGGACAAGGGAGACGACGGCAACGACAACAAUGACGACCAUGACAACGAGCACCCUCACAAUCACGAGGGCGGUGGUGGCGCCAGCGGCGACCACGACAGGGGACACGGCAGACAGCUAUCUCUUGCCACGGCCGUGGGAGUCGGUCUGCACCCGAGCGGCGUUGGCCUGCACCCCGCCAGUGGUUCAGACCAGCAUCACAGACUAAUGGAGAGUCUGACACUUGACCCGACGAUGACCUCUCCCGGCCGAGGCGGGUAUGGUGCAACGAGUCUUCAUAACAACAACAACAAUACGUCAUCGCAACAACAGCAGCAGCAACAGCAGCGGGGUAAAGUAGGCGGCCUGCUGCAGGAAAUCAGGGUGGAGAGCGAGAUUGGCCAGCGCGAGGGAACAAAGCAGAGCCUCAAGAACGUCGGCAAGGUCGAGAGGUUCGUGCUCGAGCAGGUCCGGCGCAUCUUUGAGGAGGAGCUCGUGUACCCCAGCUUCUGGACCUUUUUGGUGUAAGACGGAAACACCCCCCCGGGCUCUUCAUCCCCUCUUCCCAAACAGGGGUUUUGGAUGAGGGCAAGAGUUCAUCUUGUAGAAUAGCAAAGGGCCGCCCUGGGCGGCGUGUAUGAUGAUGACGAUGAUGAGAAAUAUUCCGCAAUCACAUGACGAGACUUCGCUCCUUGGCGAAAUGUUUUCAAGAGGACUGAACUUGGCUGGAUUGCACUGGAUGUUGUUUCAUGAAUGAACGAUUCCAUGCGG